UCUUCUUACUUAUCUAUCAGUUGAUUAGCACUCUUGAUAAAAUGUCGGCGUUAAAUGGCGGAGCGUUGAUACGCGUUUAGCUGCAGUUUGCAUCAUCAUUUUCCGAUCAGAAAAAGCCAUGAAAGAAGCACGACAAAUCCAACCUUUUCGUCUGGAAAGCACUUCAUCAUCGUUAAGAUCUAAUGCGAAGAAAAAUUUGGGCGUUCUGAAUCUUGUUGUGGACCUUGUGGUCUUCUUUGCUAUUAUUUGUCGACUGCUUCCAAGCACCACCACUGACGGAGGACAUGAGCAUAUUCAGAGGGGCUAUAGUUUUUCAAUUGCGCAGCAAAAAGCUGUGGAGGAGGAAGAGGAGGACAAUGAUGAGGACGGCGAGGAGGUGGAGGUGGCGCUAGAAAAGUCAACGGAAGAGACGGAGGAGGAGGAGAUGGUGGUGGAAAAGAAAAACGAACUGCUUCUCAUAAGCGCCCAGCAAUAUGCAGUGGAGGAGGAGGAGAAAGCGGACGAGGAAGGCGAGGAGGUGCUGGAAAAGUCAAAGGAAGAGGAGGAGGUGGUGGAAAAGAAAAAAGAAGAUCUGGAGGAGGUGGAGGUGGAGGAGAACGAAAAUAAUGGACCUCACAGAUCUGGGACAAAAAGAGAGCACCAUCAUCAUCAAUAUCACCGUCUUUGCCGUCGUCAUUCUCAGUUAACCAUGAACCAAAAACAGCCAACUGUUGGAAAUGAAAGAAAGAACAGUGGUUCAUCCCUUACUUCAAGACAAGAAUCAUUUCUGGCACCGGAAGAGCGAAUAUUUGCCUAUAACCAAGUCAACAGAUAUCAAUAUGCACCCCUUCAUCGACCCGAUGCAUCAGCUCCACCUAUACCCGAAUUUUACGACACCCAAUAUACCAGCAAUCCAAGAACUAUACGGCGAGUUGAUGCAUUUACAUCACCAGCAUCACUCCCGCAGCCAACAGUAAAGUCUAAAAGAGAUCCACUACCACAGCCACCACCGAGAAGAAGAAAAGAGAGGGAGGAGAGAAGAGUAAGUACUCAAUCAAAAAAAGCUAAGAAAGGGGAAUCCGGAAGAUUUCCGUUCCAGUCUGGUGUACCACCCGCCACACGACAAAUACAGCCACCACUACCAGAAAUAGCUCCAUCGGUACAACCGUCUCAGUCUUCUGUUGCUCAAUCAUCAUCCCCAGUUCCUCCGCCACCGGCACAUCCGCAAUCAUUUCUAACAGAAUUAUUCAAACCAAACAAUAACAAGAAAAAAGUCAACUCCAAGGCUGCCCAGCCACAUCCAUUAGCAGAUCCACCUACUUCAUCAGUUCUUCAGAAGUUUGUCAAGAAGAGUAGUCAGAUUAAGAAAUUCCUUUCUGGUGCGGGUUUACCACCACCUCUGCCGCCACAACCACCGGCGCCACCGCCAUUACCGGAACCACCGCCACCCAAAAAAACAUCAGAGAAGCCACCUGUACCACCAGUUGGGUCAUCCAAUUUGCAUAAAAAUACGAGACCAUCUUCCCCGAUGCCUCAAAAUCUCACAUUUCCGGCCCCAAAAGCUACUAAACCAUGUGGUAUGAAAAGGGCGACAAAUCACGGAACGCCAGUACCAACAAUAACAAAUAAUUCAAAUACUUUGCUGCGCAAGAGAAAGCAGACCACAGAUAGUCACUUUAAGAAAGAAAUUUAUGUAGAAAUCGGCGAUAAUCUCCAUUGAAUGGGAUAGCACAGCCUCCACCACCACUGCCAUUCCCAAACCGUGGGAUGAAAUUUGUUGCUCACGGGGAUCUUGUAAAGAUCCAAAGCAGUUCAUCUGACUCUGUAGAUGAUCCACCAUCAACACCUUGUUACUGUUCAAGUUCUGAUAUUAAUAACAUAGCUAAGAAUAUAAUUCCCAUAGUUGGAGCUGGAAAUCACAUCCGCAGUGAUUCCUCAUCAUCGUCAACAAUAAACACAAAUUAUGUGAACUACGAACCUAGUUCUUCCGACCCACCACUUACUCCCACCGAAUUUUACACCAUCAUGCAUCCAGUUUUACCCCAUCACGCAUUGCCGUAUGAUUGGUUCUCUCACAAAGUAUUUUUUAAGUUCUUGAUAAGGUUACUAGUGUGAUCUUCUAUUUUGUUUCUUAGGACUAAGGUUGUCAACGUCGACACAGAUCAUAUAUGUAUGU